CCCCAGCCGUCACCAUCUAUCAUCCCACUGCCACCAUGCUGGCCUCAGGGCUGCUCCUGGUGGCCUUGCUGGCCUGCCUGACUGUGAUGGUCUUGAUGUCUGUCUGGCAGCAGAGGAACAGCAAGGGAAAGCUGCCUCCGGGACCCACCCCAUUGCCCUUCAUUGGAAACUACCUGCAGCUGAACACAGAGCAGAUGUACAACUCCAUCAUGAAGAUCAGUGAGCGCUAUGGCCCCGUGUUCACCAUUCACCUGGGGCCCCGGCGGGUCGUGGUGCUGUGCGGACAUGAUGCCGUCAGGGAGGCUCUGGUGGACCAGGCUGAGGAGUUCAGCGGGCGAGGCGAGCAGGCCACCUUCAACUGGGUCUUCAAAGGCUAUGGCGUGGCGUUCAGCAACGGGGAGCGCGCCAAGCAGCUCCGGCGCUUCUCCAUCGCCACCUUGCGGGACUUCGGGGUGGGCAAGCGCGGCAUCGAGGAGCGCAUCCAGGAGGAGGCGGGUUUCCUCAUCGAGGCCCUCCGGGGCACGCAUGGCGAGCCCUUUGACCCCACGUUUCUGCUGAGUCGCUCAGUGUCCAACAUUAUCUGUUCCGUGCUCUUCGGCAGCCGCUUCGACUACGAUGAUGAGCGUCUGCUCACCAUUAUCCGCCUUAUCAAUGACAACUUCCAAAUCAUGAGCAGCCCUUGGGGCGAGUUGUACAACAUCUUCCCGAGCCUCCUGGACUGGGUGCCCGGGCCGCACCAACGCAUCUUCCAGAACUUCAAGCGCCUGAGAGACCUCAUCGCCCACAGCGUCCACGCCCGCGUGCAGGAGGAGAUCGACCUCGCAGUGGGAGGCGCGCGACUGCCAGCGGCGCUGGAGGACCGCAGUACCAUGCCUUACACAGACCCGGUGAUCCACCAGGUGCAGCGCUUUGCAGACAUCAUCCCCAUGAACUUGCCGCACCGCGUCACCCCGGACACAGCCUUUCGCGGCUUCCUGAUACCCAAGGGCACCGAUAUCAUCACCCUCCUUAACACCGUCCACUAUGACCCCAGCCAGUUCCUGACGCCCCAGGAGUUCAACCCCGAGCAUUUUUUGGAUGCCAAUCAGUCCUUCAAGAAGAGCCCAGCCUUCACGCCGUUCUCAGCUGGGCGCCGUCUGUGCCUGGGCGAGUCGCUGGCGCGCAUGGAGCUCUUUCUUCACGCUGUCUUCCCUGCACGCUGUGCCUGCCGCGUGCCCAUCCCCCAUCCCUCCAAUCUGUACCUGGUCUGCAGGGCAGAGGCAGAUGGUGGGUGCCGCGCUCAGAUGCGGGGGUCCCUACCUCCCCGGCCCAGGCCAUUCCCAUUGCUAUGGAACUUGCAGCUGCAGUCCGGAGGCACGGACCACGCACUCCUGUAGCUCUCCGGCCGCUGGGGCCCGGUGUUCACAGUGCAGCUGGGCCCGCGCCCUGCCGUGGUGCUGUGCGGCUACGCAGCGCUGCGGGACGCGUUAGUGCUACAGGCGGAUGCCUUCUCCGGCCGCGGGUCCAUGGCAGUCUUCGAACGCUUCACACGCGGACACGGAAUCCCCUUUUCUAACGGGCCGCGCUGGUGGACACUGCGCAAUUUUGCACUUGGAGCGCUGAAGGAGUUGGGGUUAGGUACACGGACCAUCCAGGCGCAUGUCCUGGAGGCAGCGUCUUGUCUGCUAGACGAAAUGCAAGCCACCAUUGGAGCCCCGUUUGACCCCGUGCGACUACUGGAUAAUGCUGUAUCCAAUGUUAUCUGUCUUGUCUUCGGGAACCGCUAUGGCUACGGGGACCCGGAGUUCCUGAGGCUCCUGAACCUCUUCAGUGACAUCUUCCGCAUCAUGAGCUCCAGAUGGGGCGAGAUGUACAUUUCCCCGUCCCUCAUGGACUGGCUGUCAGGCCGGCACCGCCGAAUCUUCCGAAACUUUUCGGAGCUGUGGGUCUUCAUCUCUGAGCAAAUCCAGCAACACUGGCAGAUGCGGCAGCCGGCGGAGCCCCGCGAUUUCAUCGAUUGCUUGACCAGAUGGGUAAGACGUGAACAGCAGGACCCAGAGAGCCACUUCCAGGAGGAGACGUCAGUAAUGAUGACACACCUUUCUUUUGGUGGCACCGAAACGAGCACCACCCUGUGCUAUGGACUCCUCGUUCUGCUUAAGUACCCAGAGGUGGCAGCCAAGGUGCAGGAGCUGGACCCUGUAGUAGGGUGGAGGCGCGCCCCAAGCCCGGACGACCACCAGCGACUGCCCUACACCAAUGCAGUGCUGCUCCAGAUCCAGCGCUUCAUCAGCGUGGUGCCGCUGGGGCUACCGCGCUCGCUCACCAAGCCCACAGGUAAACCUAGUUGCAUGUGCCCCCAGGGCACCUUUGUGAUUCCCCUGCUUGUGACUGCACAUGACCCCACUCAAUUCAAAGACCCAGAAUGCUUCAACCCUACCAACUUCCUGGACAAUGCUACCAACUUCCUGGACAAGGGCAAGUUCCAGGGCAAUGACCCUUUCAUGCCCUUUGCCCUGGGAAAGCAGAUGUGCCUGGGUGCAGGCCUGGCCCACUUGGAGAUCUUCCUAUUCCUUACAGCCACCCUACAGAGGUUCCGCCUGCUCUCUGUGGUAAACCCUGGCACCAUCAACCUCAUGCAGUUCACUGGCCUGGGCAGUGUCCCCCCAGCCUUCCAGCUCCAGCUAGUGGCCUGCUGAGGUCAGGUUCCACUGUAGUGGGCUCACUGGCCCUCAAACCUCCACACCCUCCUUGGUCAAUAAAGGCCCUAAAUUGC